AUGGAUGAUACCUGUGGAGAUGUUCAACUGCUGGUGUGGCUUCUUUCAGGGUGUGCAGGAAGUGCCAGAUCCAUUCUGCCUGACUACUGUGGGAUUGACGUCAUUCAUCUGAAGGCAGCGGUCCAUGUGGCUCCACUAUCAUGCCAGGGCCCCGGUCACCUGACGGCCCUGCACCGAGCUGCCAUGGCGGGGAACAGUAACGCCAUGGCUGCUCUGAUUCAGGGAGGCUGUGCUGUGGACCUGCAGGGCAGAGACGGCAACUCUGCGCUGCAUGAGGUAUCUUGGCACGGAUUUUCUCACUGCAUCAAACUACUGGUCAAGUCCGGAGCUGAUGUACACAUCAGGAACAAGGCAGGAAACACAGCACUCCACCUGGCCUGUCAGAACGCACAUGCUCAGACGGCUCGCCUCCUGCUGCUGGGAGGAUCCACACCAGACACCAAGAACGAUAUGGGUGACAGCUGUUUGCAUGUGGCUGCUCGCUACGACAACCUGACCCUGGUGAAGAUCCUGCUGGGUUCUCUGUGCUCCGUGACAGAGAGGAACCAGGCCGGAGACACAGCUCUCCAUGUGGCUGCUGCUCUGAACCAUAAGAAGACAGUUCGGCUCUUAUUGAAGGCGGGGACUGAUGGGACACUCAGAAACAAUGCAGGUAAAACAGCCCUGGACAAGGCCAGAGAUAACAACCACAAAGAUAUGGCACAUCUCCUGGCCAGAGCUCCACAGGUCAGCAGUUCUGUGGUGGAGGAGGACACCCCCAGCAGUGAACAGAUGGAGAGCAGAACUGCCUUCAAGCCUCUAAAUGAAAAUGAUAAAAGAAAAGGCGAGAAUGACUUCGCCCGUAAGAAGAAUCUGCUCUGGAAAGAUGGUGAAGAUUCCGUUCAGAAUGGAAAAACCUAUCAGCUCUACACACUGUACCGCGACAAGGAGGGCAACAUUAGACAGGCGGCGGCCAACGGAUGUCUCUGUAAGCCCCUGCUCAAGAAGCUGGAGGGCCAGCUGAAAGCCACGCAGCAGGAGAUGAGGCUGCACGUCCUGAACGUGCAGGAGCAGGUCAACAUUAGACUGGGCAAAAUGGACCACAGGAACAGACACCAGGCAGGGGUGAGUAGUGAACUGAAGAGGUGGUGCGUGUCCCAGUUGAAGGACAGGGAUGUCCACAUCCUAGCCAAAUCCCGGUAUUACAAACUCCUCCCCUCACGGUCUGUGGAGCAGUCCGUGGCAGAAGCUGACCUGGAGUCCCUCCCCCUGCUGUCCGUAGUAUCCGGAGACAGCAGCACCUCACUGGCUACCUACGUCAACAUCCUACCAUGCACAUCCACCCACAGUCUGGGAGGCCCAGAGCAGGAGCAGAUGGGGGACAGGACAUACUUUGAAAUGAAAGUGGACAGGUCACCAGAUGACUAUGAGAACACAACCCUGUUUCCUAUGCCUGCCAACCACACCUCAGACUUCCUACUGGCCUCUCUUGACCCCCUCUGGCAGCCUCCGGGAGUGCAGGACAGUCCUAUAGGAGCAGUGAUGGCCCUGCGUGGGGAGGGUUUCUCAAGCAGCAGCAGCAGCAGCAGCCAGUCCAGCAUCAACGCCCAGGGACCCAGACUGAUCCAUCAUCAGGAACACCGCUGUGACAGCCCAGACAGGAAACACUUUGGAGAGCUGAUGAGUGCAUGCAGGCGUGUAGGGAUUCACACUGAGGGCACCAGAACACUGGAGUUCUUCAUCGACCGUCCCACUGAGCCCACAUUCAGCCAGGAGAGGAACAAUCAGCACGCUAUAGAGGUGACUCAGCGUUUCUUUGACUCGGUGUCGACUCAGUUGGAACGUUGGUACGAGAGGACGAUUGCGGAGGUGGAGCAGCAGACGAAGCUCAGAGCCCAGCAGGACCAGAAGGAGCUGCUGCAGCAAAUAAGCACGCUGGAGGAGGAGCUUCAGAGGCUGAAGACCAAUGAGAAGGGAGAAAGCUGAUGAAGUUUUGAUGUAUAAGAAAGAUAAGAAAGACAACCUAGUAAACAAAUG